AAUGACAUUCUUAUUAAUAGUAAUAGUAUAUUACAAUACAAAUUUCAGAUAAUCUGUGAUAAUAUUUCAGCAAGUUGUACUAAAGAGACUAGAAAGUAUGAUGCAUCGUCUAGCCAACAUCCAAAAUUUAAUAAAAUUUGUUUAAAAGUGAACAUUUUUUUUUAAUAUUAAAAAAAAUUAGAAUUUAAACCAUUUUAUUUUUUAAACAUUAUCAUCAUGACAGUGGCUAGCAAAGUUCUACAAACAAUUGAUACCUCAUGCUAUGAGUAUAUGCAUCCAUGGGUUACAUCUUGCUCGGAUGCUAGUGCAAGUUUAUUUAUUCAUUCAGUUCAAGCUUCCUUUCGUAUAUAUUUGACCACAUAUAUGUUAACAUUACUUAUGAAAGGCCGUAAGCCUACAAAAAAGGAGCUUAUUAAAACUUUUUAUAGUAUUCUACAAUCAACUGCAUUCCUAAGUUGUCAUGCAUUUGGUUUUUCAUCAGCAGUCUGCUUACUUAGAAGAAUAAUUGGAAAUUUUAAUGUGUUAUCAGUAGCCUUUUUGCCAUGUUUUCUAACUUGCAUAAUUGCUAUUCUUAUUGAAAGGCCUUCUAGAAGAGGAUUACUCACUCUUUAUGUUACUAAUGUGGCUUCAGAAACAUUUUAUAAAAUGAUGGUAAGCCGUGGAAUAAUAAAACCUAUACCUUUUGGAGAUUUAAUUAUAUUUGGAUCUGCUAUAACAUUAUUACUAUAUUGUUAUCGAGGUCAACAUAAUAAAGCUGAUUCAAUCUACUCUCUUUUGAGAUUUGUUGUUGGCCAUUGUGAAGAAAAUGAAUACAUUAAACCUUCCUUAACUUCUCAAGAAACUCCAAUAAAUGUCACUUCAGAUCAGAAUAUGAUUAAAAAGUUUAUUGAAGACAUUAAGGCUUCUUACUUCACUUUGGAUAAUCAAUUAAAAAAAUUAUGGGUUAAUGAAACAUGUCCACAUCCUAAUGGAUGUUUACAUUAUAUAUCUAAUUCUGGCACAAAGAUAUUUCUUGUUGGUUAUACAUUACAAUUGUGCUUGAAAUCAUUAUUGCAAGCUAAAAAAGUUAUACGUAAGCCUACCUAUAUUUUAAAUAUAAUGAUAAAGCCUGAUACAUUUAGUUUGGGAGCAUUUCUUGGAGGAUUUUCUACUAUUUAUAAGUUUGUUUCAUGUUUUACUAGACGAAUACUUGGAAAAGAUUCUAAGUAUAUUUGUAUUCCAGCUGGAUCUUUAGCUAGUCUAACUUUUUGUAUGUACCGUAGUAAUACAAUUGCCUUAUAUUUUAUGUUAAAGUCAUUGCAGAUAAUGUACAACAAAGGUUCAAACGGUAAAAUAUUACCAGAUAUACCACAAGCCAAUGUGCUUAUUUAUUGUUUUUCGACUGCUAUAUUAUUUCAUGCUGCAAUACUAGAGCCACAGAAUUUACGAUCAUCUUAUUGGAAAUUUUUACAAUCUGUAUCUGGAGGUUGUGUGGGACUAAUGGAUCGACAUUGUUUAGAUGCUUUCGGCCUAAGAUCUAGUGAAUCACUUGAAAAAGUGUUAAUGAAGCAUAAGCCUGUUCCAUUACAGUUAAUCCAAUUUUAAUUUAAUUAAUAUUUGAAAAAUAUGAAUUUUAACAAUUUAUGUAGAAAAAUGUUUAUUUAUUUUUUUUUUAUCAAUAUUUCACAUAUGUGAGAUGAUAUAGAAUUUAGGAUGACAAAUAUUGAUAUAUAAUAGUAAAAUUUUAGUUACAAGGUAUCCAAAGUGGAAGUAUUGCAUAAAAAUAAUAUUUGUUAUAUACGUGUACUUGUUUAAAAAUUUUAUUUGGUUUCAAACUUGAGAUAUACUAUUGUUUAUUUUUAAUUUGUUAAAGUUUUUAUGGGUAUUAAAUUCUUAUUUUUGUAAAAUAUUCUU